AUGCUGACUGAACCUGAUGGUCUCAUUCUCAAAUUUCGUGCAGGGAGCCAAGACAUUGAAGUGGCAAGAAAAGGGCACGCAGAAAAAGUUGUGAUGCAAUUGAUGGAAGAGCAUCUUCAGAACGGCCACUCAUUGUAUAUGGACAACUAUUACAAUAGCUUCCAUUUGGCAAAGCGUCUUUUAGAAAAUAGAACAUACUGCACUGGAACCUUGCGAAAAGAUUUGAAGGAAAAUCCAAAGGAAGUUUACCAAAAAACACUGAAAAAAGGUGAAAAUAUAUCACGUUUUCAAGAAAGUGUACACAUCGGAAAGUGGAAAGACAAACGCCCAGUGAUGUACAUCACCACAGAAUAUGAAGACAAAAAGGUGCCAGUUGCCAAUAAACGUGGCCAGAUCAGUGAAAAGCCAGAAGCUAUUGCAAAAUAUAAUGAGUUUAUGUCUGGAGUUGUAGACAAGACCAGUUGCUCGCAUUUUAUCCAUGUGAUAGAAAAACACUAUGUUCGUAUCUGA